AUGUUCAAAUUAGUACAUAGAUACGGUAUUGCUAAUAAGCGCUUCCUUAACAUAAAUAAGGUAUACACUAAAAAUGUACAUAAAGGUACAAAUGAAAUUCAGAAUCAAAUAAGAAAGAAGCCUACAUUUAGGGAUCUCGUGAAAGCGCCUAUCUUUAAAUCUAUUUUUCUAACGAUUGUGUUUGGUACAGCUAUAGUUGGGCUAAUAGAUAGUCGUAGAGAAUUAGAAACGUUGGAGCAAACUUACAAUUCAAAAUUUGUUAUUUUGGAGGAAAUAAUUGCUAAAUUAGAAAAAGGUGAAAAUGUUGAUAUCCAUCGUGAAUUGAAAUUGGUAAAUAAAUUAACCAAAAAUAAAUACAAUACUGUUACAGAUAUUGAGUUAGAUGAACAGAUAGAUGAAAUUUUAAAAAUGGCUGAAAGUGAUGGUGAUGAAAUACGAAAGGAAUCUACGGAGCCAGAAACACAGAAAUAUGAUAAAUCACAAAUUGAGACAAACAAGUUCUUGUAG